CUAGAAAAUAAAAAAGAGUCUUCAAUUAGCGGAACGGAUUGCUUCUGACAUCGCUAUGCUUUCGAUGAACAGGGCGGCGGAAGACAGGGGAGAAAGGGGGAGGGCGCCAAAGUUAGGUGGAAGAAAGUUUCAGUUUUUUUGGGUUCAGUAGCAGCACGUGUGGAGAGGAGUGGUCUGGGACUGCAAUAAUGGAACCUGGGAGACAGAAAGGGAGGGAAGCGGGGCUCAGAUUUCAGCCUGACAGGGGGUAAGGGGCCGGACUGAUAUUUGGGAAUAUACGAAGAUUCAUCGAAGGCAGCGGGGACAUAAAACUACAGUGUCAGGCCCGAAGCGGUCGGUGCUGAGUUUGUGCUGCAGGUCCAGGUCCUGCCGCUGGAUUCCCCCCAUCGGUUUUUCUUUCUGGGAAGAGUGAUUUUCGAAUGGUUUGGCUUUUGUAACUGGGGACUCACACACCAAAAUACUGAGAGAAGCCCCCGCUAUUUUAUUUCUCCCUAAAGGGCCCUGCAUGUCUAAUAUUUAGACAUGUUCAUCUUUAUGGAUUCCAGGACUCUACUGCUACUUGUAGCAGCCCAAGUGUGUCUAUUAGCCGUGGUGAGAUGUCAGGAGGAGGACGACCAGGAUGUGUUUAGCUGUAUACAGGAUGGACAGCGCUAUAGCGACAAGGACGUAUGGAAACCAGAGCCUUGUCGCAUCUGUGUGUGUGACACUGGAACCGUCCUGUGUGAUGAAAUAGUCUGCGAGGAGCUAAAAGACUGCCCCAAACCCGAAAUCCCAUUCGGAGAGUGUUGCCCCAUCUGUGCUGCUGACCCAUCUCCACCCAUUGGAGCACCCGGAGCCAAGGGUCAGAAAGGUGAACCCGGAGACAUUACCGAUGUUGUAGGACCAAGAGGACCGGGUGGCCCAAUGGGCCCACCAGGAGAGCAAGGACCCCGAGGAUCAAGAGGAGAUAAGGGAGAGAAGGGAGGCUCAGGUCCCCGCGGCAGAGAUGGUGAGCCUGGCACCCCCGGAAACCCCGGCCCCCCUGGACCUCCAGGACCUAAUGGACCCCCUGGCCUUGGCGGAAACUUUGCUGCUCAGAUGGCCGGGGGCUUUGAUGAGAAGUCUGGCGGCGCACAGAUGGGUGUGAUGCAAGGACCAAUGGGCCCUAUGGGUCCCAGAGGACCACCUGGCCCCAGCGGAUCACCUGGCCCACAAGGUUUCCAAGGCAACCCAGGAGAGGCUGGAGAGCCCGGACAAUCUGGCCCCAUGGGUCCCCGUGGCCCUCCCGGACCUUCUGGAAAACCUGGAGACGAUGGUGAGGCUGGAAAACCUGGAAAAUCAGGCGAGCGUGGACCAUCCGGACCUCAGGGAGCUCGUGGAUUCCCAGGAACUCCAGGUUUGCCCGGCAUGAAGGGACACAGAGGUUACUCUGGUCUUGAUGGACUAAAGGGAGAGACUGGAGCUGUUGGUUCUAAGGGUGAGUCUGGCGCUCCUGGAGAGAAUGGCGCCCCUGGACCAAUGGGACCUCGUGGUUUGCCUGGCGAGAGAGGCCGUCCUGGGCCUAGUGGAGUUGCUGGAGCACGUGGAAAUGAUGGCCUGCCAGGUCCUGCUGGUCCCCCGGGCCCUGUUGGUCCUUCAGGUGCCCCAGGCUUCCCUGGCUCCCCUGGCUCAAAGGGAGAAGCUGGUCCUACUGGUGCUCGUGGACCUGAGGGUGCUCAGGGACCCCGUGGAGAGUCUGGUACUCCAGGAUCAUCUGGACCCUCUGGCGCUUCUGGUAACCCUGGUACUGAUGGUAUCCCUGGAUCCAAAGGAUCAGCUGGUGCUCCUGGUAUCGCUGGUGCUCCUGGUUUCCCUGGACCUCGUGGACCUCCUGGGCCUCAGGGUGCAACUGGACCACUCGGGCCCAAAGGCACAUCCGGAGACCCAGGUAUUCCAGGGUUCAAGGGGGAGUCUGGACCCAAAGGAGAAUUUGGACCAGCUGGUCUUCAGGGAACUAAUGGCCCACAGGGAGAAGAAGGAAAGAGAGGACCUCGGGGUGAGCCUGGUGCUGCCGGGCCACUCGGACCUCCUGGAGAGAGAGGAUCCCCAGGUAACCGUGGUUUCCCUGGUCAAGAUGGUCUAGCUGGUCCUAAGGGAGCCCCUGGUGAGCGUGGACCCGCUGGUGCCAGUGGUCCCAAGGGUGCCAAUGGUGACCCAGGCCGCCCUGGAGAGUCUGGUCUGCCUGGUGCUAGAGGCCUGACCGGACGCCCUGGUGACGCUGGUCCCCAAGGCAAAGUUGGACCAUCUGGGGCUUCUGGUGAGGAUGGUCGUCCAGGACCUCCUGGCCCACAGGGAGCCCGUGGACAGCCUGGAGUCAUGGGUUUCCCCGGACCAAAGGGAGCAACAGGGGAGCCUGGAAAGUCUGGUGAGAAAGGACUGGGUGGAGCUCCUGGUCUGAGAGGUCUGCCCGGUAAAGAUGGAGAAACCGGCCCUUCAGGACCCCCUGGCCCAAGCGGUUCUGCUGGAGAGAGAGGAGAGCAAGGUCAGCCAGGUCCCUCAGGUUUCCAGGGUCUUCCUGGACCUCCUGGUCCCCCUGGUGAGGGAGGCAAGCCUGGUGACCAGGGUGUUCCUGGAGAGGCUGGAGGUGCUGGUGCCACUGGACCAAGAGGAGAGCGCGGUUUUCCUGGGGAGAGAGGAGCUGCUGGCCCUCAGGGUCUGCAGGGACCCCGUGGUCUGCCUGGUACUCCUGGAACUGACGGACCCAAGGGAGCCAUUGGACCUGCUGGUACCGGCGGUGCUCAGGGACCCCCUGGUCUGCAGGGCAUGCCUGGAGAGAGAGGAUCUGCUGGCAUUCCCGGACCCAAAGGAGACAGAGGUGACCUCGGAGAGAAAGGACCUGAGGGAGCUUCUGGCAAAGAUGGUUCAAGAGGUCUCACUGGUCCCAUUGGUCCUCCCGGUCCUGGUGGUCCCAACGGAGAGAAGGGUGAAUCUGGUCCUGCUGGUCCUUCUGGAGCUGCUGGGACCCGUGGUGCACCUGGUGACAGGGGUGAGACAGGUCCCCCUGGUCCUGCUGGAUUUGCUGGACCCCCUGGUGCUGAUGGUCAGCCAGGAAUAAAGGGAGAGCAGGGAGAGUCUGGACAGAAAGGUGACGCUGGAGCGCCCGGACCCCAAGGACCCUCUGGAGCCCCUGGACCUGCUGGCCCAACUGGUGUUUUUGGACCUAAAGGUGCUCGUGGUGCUCAGGGACCUCCUGGUGCCACUGGUUUCCCUGGUGCUGCUGGCAGAGUUGGACCCCCAGGCCCCAAUGGUAAUCCUGGACCUGCUGGUGCCGCCGGCCCUCCUGGUAAAGAUGGACCCAAGGGUGUGAGGGGAGACGGUGGACCCCCAGGCAGACAGGGUGAUGCAGGUCUGCGUGGUCCUGCUGGGGCAUCUGGAGAGAAGGGAGACGCUGGAGAGGACGGCCCACCUGGUCCCCUCGGUCCUUCAGGUCCUCAGGGUUUGGCUGGUACGCGUGGUAUCGUUGGUCUGCCCGGACAGCGUGGUGAGAGAGGUUUCCCUGGUCUGCCUGGACCCUCUGGUGAGCCUGGUAAGCAGGGAGCUGCUGGUGGUGGUGGAGACCGUGGACCCCCUGGACCUGUUGGACCCCCUGGACUUACUGGACCUGCAGGAGAGCUCGGCAGAGAGGGUAACCCUGGAUCUGAUGGACCGCCUGGAAGAGACGGUGCUACUGGAGUCAAGGGUGAUCGUGGAAACACUGGUCCUUCUGGUGCUCCUGGUGCUCCUGGCGCUCCUGGUGCUAACGGCCCAGUCGGCCCCACCGGCAAACAGGGAGACCGCGGAGAGUCUGGCGCACAAGGACCUUCUGGACCUUCAGGACCUGCUGGAGCCAGAGGAAUGCCUGGACCCCAAGGACCCCGUGGUGACAAGGGUGAGGCAGGAGAGUCUGGUGAGAGAGGGCAGAAGGGACACAGAGGCUUCACAGGUCUGCAGGGUCUGCCUGGACCUCCAGGUCAAGGUGGAGACCAGGGUGCUACUGGACCUUCUGGACCUUCUGGACAAAGAGGACCACCUGGACCUGUUGGGCCUGGUGGAAAGGACGGUUCAAAUGGUUUACCUGGACCCAUUGGACCCCCCGGACCCCGUGGUCGCAGUGGAGAGACUGGUCCCUCAGGUCCUGCUGGAAACGCCGGACCCCCCGGUCCUCCUGGUCCCCCUGGCCCUGGCAUCGACAUGUCUGCCUUUGCUGGUCUGGGUCAGACUGAAAAGUCUCCUGAUCCUCUCAGGUACAUGAGAGCCGACCAGGCAUCUGGAAACCUCCGUCAGCACGAUGCCGAGGUCGAUGCCACCCUAAAGUCUCUAAACAACCAGAUCGAGAACAUCCGCAGCCCCGAGGGAUCCAAAAAGAACCCGGCUCGCACCUGCAGAGACCUGAAGCUCUGUCACCCCGACUGGAAGAGCGGAGAGUACUGGAUUGACCCCAACCAAGGCUGCACCAUCGAUGCAAUCAAAGUCUUCUGCAACAUGGAGACCGGAGAGUCCUGCGUCCUCCCCAAGCCUUCCAGCAUCCCUCGCAAGAACUGGUGGUCCAGCAAGAGCAAGGACCGCAAACACGUCUGGUUCGGAGAGACAAUGAAUGGAGGAUAUCACUUCAGCUAUGGUGAUGACAGCCUGGCAGCAAACACUGCUGCCAUCCAGAUGACUUUCCUGAGACUGCUGUCCACCGAGGCCUCUCAGAACCUCACCUACCACUGUAAGAACAGCGUAGCCUACAUGGACGCUGCCACUGGCAACCUGAAGAAGGCCGUGCUGCUGCAGGGCUCCAACGAUGUGGAGAUCAGAGCUGAGGGCAACAGCCGCUUCACCUACAGCGUGAUGGAGGAUGGCUGCACGAAACACACGGGACAGUGGGGCAAGACAGUGAUUGAAUACAGAUCGCAGAAGACCUCUCGUCUGCCCAUUGUGGACAUUGCCCCCAUGGAUAUUGGUGGAGCAGACCAGGAGUUCGGAGUCGAAGUCGGAGCAGUCUGCUUCUUGUAAAGAACGAGGGAUCCAAAAGAAGAGAAAGAAAGAAGUGGAAAAUUAAAGAAAAAAUAGAAUGAAAGAGGAGCACACUUCAGAUAAAGGAGGAGAGAAGGAGUGAAAAGAAAGAUCAAGACACUUUUUUUAAAAUGGGACUUUUUUCUAAGUAAAAAGUGCUUUUUUUCCAAGUCGAACUCCGUAGGAUAUCUGCACUGAAUGGCACCAGCAUCUGUCAUCUGUGAUUCAUCCAGCAUUGCCUCUAGUCAACCCCCACCCCCUACCCCCAAAACCCUAAACCCUCUUCAUGGACACCCAACAUAACCCCAAAGCCCCUUUUUUCACACAGCAACUGCUCUGCCUACUCCACCCCGUGUACAAAAAGGAGCAAGCAGGAGGAGAGUACGGGAACACACCGGUGAACUAGAGAGAGAAAAAUGUGUUGGUGUUAUUUAUUUAUUGUUUAGGUUUGGGUCCCAGGUGUGGUAGGACUGAGUUUGUUGCUAAGUAAUAAAAAGCCCACCUACACAGAAAAGACCUUAUCCACCCUUUCCUCUCUUACUUCCUCCUCUUUUCUCAUCACCCCAUCUCUCCUGUAUCCACUAAAGCAAACAUAUCUCUUUGAAACCAAAAAUCUAGCUAACGUAGAAAGUGCAGGUGUUCCUAUUUCUACCACCACAGUGUGUAUCAAAAAGUUACUGUGUACUAUAAUAAAAGUCAAUGGUGCUAUUGUUGUAAAA